CAAUGCGCCAAAUGAACGCAAAUGCGCGACGCUCCAGCGGGCUAACACGAUUUGGGAUUUGUUAUUUUUUUUUUCUGCUAGCGUGAAAUGUUCCGUUUUCCUGGAAAAGCUCCAAACCUCCGAUAAAUAAAUGAACCAAUCAAUAUCUGCGCUUAAUAUUGGACCUCCGUGGAUUCGUCCAGCACAUUUUUUUCUUCGCUGCAGACGAACUGAUCAAGAGAAGUGCUUCACAAGGACAAAAGUAUUGGGACACAGAACGACAUAAUCAUGGCCAAAAGUAUUGAGAUGGCUACGGGACGGACAAAUGUUUCGGGACACCGACAGGAAGUAGAACAAGUAGAUGGACAAACGUAUUAAGAACCCUACAGGAAAUGGGGGAAGGAAAAAAAAAAUAUAUCAUAUCUGAACGACGCCUGGAUGGCCAAAAGUAUUGGGACACACACACAGGAAGUGGAAAGUGCACGGGCACCUCAGUGACAUUUGGGGCGUGGCCUAGUGAGUGGCAUCAGGAGCUGGAAUCCGAUUGGUCUAGCUGAGCCAUGUCUCUGAGAAGCGAGGGGUUGCGACGGCGGCCCGGCGGCCCGUCUUUCUGCUCUCUUCUUUGGCGACCGCUCAUCUACUUGCCCGUGGUCCUGGUCCUGCUUCGUACCCCCGUCGCCGUCCUCGGGGCACUGGAGCUGCAGUUGGACGAGGAGCAGCCGGCGGGCACCAUCGUCGGCGACAUCAGCGCCGGGUUGCCGCCCGGCGAGUCCGCCAGCCUCUACUUCAUCUCGGACCACGAGGGCACGGGCGUCGGAGGAGACCUAAACAUCGACGAGACCACCGGGAUCAUCGCCACGGCGCGCCGCCUGGACCGCGAGCGCAGGGAUCACUACAGCUUCAUCGCCGUCACCAUGACGGGCAUCACCAUCCAGGUGGCCGUCACCGUCAAUGACAUCAACGACCACGCACCCGAGUUCCCCAAAAGCAAAGCGCUUCUCAGGAUCCCCGAGCACACGGCAGCGGGGACCCGGUUUUCCUUGGAUCCGGCCAGCGAUGCCGACAAGGACCAGUUCACCACUCAAGGGUACGCCAUCCGGGAGGGGAACGUGGGCCAGGUGUUCCGUCUGGAGACCAAGAGGGCGGCCAAUAAGGCGCUGUAUCUGGACCUGGUCGUCAACGGACUCCUGGACCGGGAAAAACGCUCGAGUUACACCCUGGUCUUGGAGGCCUUUGACGGGGGCUCGCCCAGGAGGGUGGGCUCCAUGACUCUGGAGGUGGGCGUGACCGACGUCAACGACCACGCGCCGGUUUUCAACCAGAGCCGAUACCACGCCAUCAUUUCAGAGAGUCUCCCUCAAGGAAGCAGCAUCCUACAGGUCUUCGCCACAGACCAGGACGAGGGUGACAACGGCCUGGUCCUCUAUGAAAUCAACCGACGGCAAAGCGACCCCGAGCGCUACUUCGUCAUGGACCUCAAGUCUGGAGUGAUCACGUUGAACAGACCGCUGGACUACGAGCUCAAGAGAGUGCACGAGCUGGUGGUCCAGGCCAGGGACAACGCAAGCCAUCCGGAGGUGACCAACGCUUUCGUGACCAUUCACGUGCGCGACUACAACGACAACCAGCCCACCAUGACGAUCAUCUUCCUGAGCGAGGACGGCUCCCCGAGGAUCUCUGAGGGCGCCCAGCCGGGCCAGUACGUGGCCCGCAUCUCCGUCACCGACCCGGACUACGGCGAGUACGCCAACGUCAACGUGUCGCUGGAAGGCGGCGACGGAAAGUUUGCGCUGACCACCAAGGACAGCAUCAUCUACCUGAUCUACGUGGACCAGGUUCUGGACCGAGAGGAGCGCGACUCUUACGACCUCCGGGUGAUGGCCACCGACUCAGGUACGCCCCCCCUCAGGGCGGAGUCUUCUUUCACCAUCCGGGUGACAGACGUGAACGACAACCCGCCUCUGUUUGACCAGCGGGCCUACAGACAGACCAUCCCUGAAGUGGUCUACCCAGGAUCGUUUGUUCUUCAAGUCACCGCCCGGGACAAGGACCAGGGUCCCAACGGGGAAAUCCACUACAGCCUCUUGAAGGGCGAGAACUCCCACUCGGACUGGUUCUCCGUGGACCCGGUGACGGGGAUCAUCACCACGGCCGCCGCCCUGGAUUUCGAGUCGGAGCCUUCGCCCAGCGUGACCGUGGUGGCGACGGACGGCGGGCGGCCGCCACUGUCGUCCACGGCUCGGGUGGAUGUGGUGCUGGAGGACGCCAACGACAACGUGCCCGUCUUCUCCAGAAGCUUCUACAACGCCACCAUCGAGGAGAAUACCCCCGCCGGGACCUGCUUCCUCCAGGUGUCCGCCACGGACGGCGACCGCGGUUCCUUCGGCGGCGUGUCGUACGCGCUGGCUCCCUCUGGCGGUGCGGCGGCCGCUUACUUCAUCGUCGACGAGGAGAGCGGGCAGCUGUGCACCAGCGCGGUCGUGGACCGCGACGAAGGGCUGGACGCGUUCGAGCUGAAGAUCACCGCGACUGACGGGGGUGGCCUGAGCUCGGCGGCCCGGGUGAGAGUGUCGGUGGGCGACGUCAACGACAACAGGCCCGCCUUUUACCCGGUUCUCUACACGGUCAGCCUGAGUGCCCACAGUGCCCCCGGAACCUCUGUCGUCAGGGUGACGGCCCGCGAUCCGGACGCCGGGCAGAACGGCCGGGUGACGUACCGAGCGACACCUGGGGGAAGUUCUGCCUUCUUCACCCUCAACAAGGAUACAGGUGUGAUAUCCCUUUCGCGCUCGCUCCACGGCAAAGCCAACUCGAUCAUCUCCAUGGUGAUAUCGGCCGAGGACGGUGGUGGCCUGACUGCCCCGGUGGACGCUAGGGUGAACGUGAGCGUGGUGGGGGGUUCCAUAUCGUCGCCUGUGUUCGAGCAGCCGCAGUACUUCUUCACCGUGUCCGAGGACGUUCUCCGGGGCACGGCGGUGGGCGUGGUCCGCGCUGCGACUAAGACUGCUCUUUCCAAAGACAUCUUCUACUCCAUCUCUUCCGGAGAUCCCGAUGGUUAUUUCACUGUGGACAGUGCAACCGGAACCAUCCGCACCGCCCUUCCCCUGGACCAUGAAACCUUCCCAAGACUGGACCUAGAGAUCCAGGCACGCUUCGGCUCCCCUCCCGCUUUUGGGACCAGUCGUGUGCGCAUAUCAGUCUCGGACAUCAACGACAAUGCACCCGUCUUCCUGCCCUCUUCAUCUGAGUCCCUGCUCCUGCCCGAGGUCACCAAGAUGGGAACGAUCAUCUACCACAUUCAGGCCUCAGACAAGGACUCUGGUCAUAACGGUCAGCUGAGCUUCGACUUGGUGUCAGCCGGAGUUGCGGGCAGCGGCGGCCAGAGGACGUUCGGCGUGGAUCGAGGCAGCGGGGAGGUGCGUCUGAUAGGCGGUCUGUCCUAUGAGACCAUCCCCCGCUAUGACCUUCAGGUGGUGGCCAAAGAUGGCGGAGCACCUCAGCUGAGCUCCACCUUCACCCUGGUGGUUCACAUACAGGUGCAGGACGCUCAGGGCCCCCACUUUGACACUCUGACAUAUCGCGUGGAGCUUCGAGAGAAUGUGCCUCUCAACACACGCUUCCUCCAGGUUCGAGCUCUUAACAAAGACACCUCUGGGAACGGCGGAAGCGCUUCCUCAUCUCCCGACAUUUCGUACCGGCUCCGGCCUGACGGGGAUGCAGCUGGCUUUGGCAUCAUGCCUGAUAGUGGUUGGCUGUUUGUGCGAAGUUCUCUGGACCGGGAAGUCAAGGACAUGUACCUGCUGACCGUUGUGGCCACCUCGGGCCAAAGCGGGACAGGAAGGACUGGCAGCGCCACCGUCAGGGUAACAGUGACGGACGAAAACGACAACUCCCCCAAGCUCAGCCAGGACAGGGUGUUCCUGGCAGUACGGGAGAACCUGCUGGCGGGGACGGGCUUUGGUAGGGUAUCGGCGAUGGACCGAGAUGCAGGACUGAAUGCACGACUUACCUACAGGCUGCUGCACGCUGAUAGACACUUUCAGAUUAACGCGCAGACAGGGGAAAUCAGCACUCGCCAGCCAUUGGACAGGGAGCAGCAGUCUAGCUUCCAGUUGGUGGUGGUGGUCCAAGACAGUGGCACGCCUCCCCGAACCGCCACCGGGACCGCUCACGUCAGCGUGCUGGACGAAAACGACCACGCUCCCAGUUUCAGCCAUGCCCGACCCAACCGAGAACUGAUCUUCCAGGUGGAUGAGGGGCUUCCGUCUGGUACUGUCCUAGGUACGGUGUCCGCCAAGGACCCGGAUGAGGGUGAAAACAGCACCAUCUACUACUCUUUAGCAGGCUCCAGAGUGGAGCGCUUCUCCCUGAAUGCUGCCACCGGGGAGCUCCGAACCGCCGCCCCGCUGAGGUGGGCAGAACGUGCAGAGUACGCCUUGACCGUGACCGCUGCCGACCACGGAACGCCGAGCCUCAGCUCUGCCUGCCAGCUGCGGAUACAAGUUCUGAGCUCCGCCAAGUCGUCCCCGAAGCCCAACGUGCUGUCUAUGACGCUGAACGUUGUAGAAGGAGCUCUUCCAGGUUCCGUGGUGGGCUCAGUACACCUGCCAGAAGCUGCCAGCCCGGAUGGCCAGGUCACGUACCUGGUGGUGGGCGGGACGGACAGAGACGGGACCUUCAUGGUGGACCGCUUGAAGGGCGACGUGUACCUGCUGCAGGAGCUGGACUACGAGAAGGGUUCAGAGUACACGCUGCACGUGGAGGUGUCCGACUUCUUCCGGGCCUUUCCAAGCAGCCACCUCGUGAAACUGAGCAUCCAGGUGCAGGACAGCAAUGACCAUUCCCCACAGUUCACAGAAGAUCCCGUGACCAUCGUCGUCCCUGAGAACCUCCAACCGGGAGCUUCCAUUUACACCGUUCAGGCUGUGGACAAGGACGGCAGCGGUCCCAACAGCGAGCUGCGCUACUCCAUGGAGUACCACUGGCCGGACCAGGCUGACCUCCUUAUAUUGGACACAGUCAGUGGUGUCCUCACCCUGGGGGAGACGUUGGACCGCGAAACCACUCCGUCUCUUCACCUGGUGGUCCGAGCCACCGACCAAGCGGCGGACCCCUUGCAGAGGCGCUGGGGUUCGAUCACAGUGCAACUGUUUGUCACCGACCAAAACGACAACGCACCGGUCUUCAACUCGCCGGCGGCCGUCAGCGUGAUGGAGGAUCAGCCCGUCGGCUUUGUGAUUUUGUAUGUGAUGGCUCAGGAUGAGGACGAAGGGGAAAAUGGCCUAGUGUCGUACAGAAUCCAGACGGGAAACAGUGCUGGUCACUUCAGUCUGAACCCAAACACCGGCUCUCUGUCCAUCCUGAAAGCUCUGGACCGAGAGGAGCAGGAGGUCUUCAACUUGACGGUGGUGGCGGAGGAUGGGGGUACGCCUUCGCUCUCCACCUCCCAGUUUCUCCGCGUGCAGGUGAUGGACAUCAACGAUGAGGUUCCGGUGUUCCAGAAGGCCGAGUUUGAGAGCCAGGUUCUGGAGAACCAGGGGCCUGGCACCACAGUGCUUACAGUGGUGGCCACCGAUAGAGAUCAAGGGUCCAAUGGGCACGUGACGUUUGGGGGGGUGACGGAGGAAGGUUUUGUCAUCAACCCAUCAACCGGCGUCAUCACUACAACCAAAGAGCUGGACAAGGAGCUUCGGGAUCACUACAUUCUCACCGUGUACGCCCGGGACAGAGGUCUGCCCCCCAACUUCGCCAAGGCGACAGUGCGGGUGGAGGUUGAGGACGUGAACGACAACGCUCCGGUCUUCGCCCAGCCGUGGUACGGACUGGAGGUGCCCGAGAACCAUGCCGCCGUGGAGCUGUGUUUCCUCAAGGCCACGGACCCGGACUCUGGUGCCGGCGGGGAGCUGGAGUACAGGAUUACCGCCGGAGACCCGGACGGGGAUUUCCGCCUCCACGCCAGCACGGGAGCCUUGUCCACCCAACGGGGCCUGGACAGGGAGACCAAAGCCGAGUACACCCUGGAGGUGACGGCCACGGACAGAGGCGGCCCGGCUCUCAGCACCGUGGUCACGGUGAAGAUCCGAGUGCUGGACGUCAACGACAACAAUCCCGUUUUUGGCAGGAGCAGCUACAAUGCAGAUGUUUCGGAGGAUGCCGCUGAGGGAUCACAAGUCCUGAUGGUGUCAGCAACAGAUGCAGACGAUGACGUAAACGGGAAAGUUGUGUACUUCCUCAGCCACGAGGCUCACGGAGCGUUCGCGGUGGACGAGCAAACUGGCCGCAUCACCACGUCGGCACCUCUGGACCGCGAAAAGCAAGCGUCGUACAGCUUCCAGGUGUUUGCCGCAGACCUUUCCCCGGCGUCGCCCAGGAACUCCUCCGCGCAGGUGACCAUCACCAUCACGGAUGUCAACGACAACACGCCCGUCUUUGUCCAGGACCCGUUGGUCAUCGAGGUGUCCAGCAGGAGGUCCCAACGGGUUCUGGCCACCAUGAAGGCAGAGGACAAGGACUUUGGAGCUAACGGCUCUGUGUUUUAUCGCUUUGCCGCCCCGGUGAAGGGCUUCAGCAUCAACUCUCUGACUGGGCAGAUCCAGGCUACGGAGCCUAUGGACACUCUGUCCCAGGCCCAGAGGACCCUCAUCGUGGAGGCCAUGGACCAGGGUACCCCGGCUCAGUCAGCACAGGGGGUGGUGGUGAUCUACGUGAAGGAGGUGGAGUACCAUGGCAUUCGAUUCCCCAGGAACGCCAGAGACGUCAGCAUACAGGAGAACGCGGCUAAAGGCACAGCUGUGGCUCAGGCUCAGGCCCAGUUUCCAGAUGGAAACCGCAAGGGGAUCAGCUACAGCAUCUUCAGUGGGAACAGACAGCAGGCCUUCAGGAUCAGCUCGUCCACAGGUGAAAUCUGGGUGCAGAGCUCCAAGGGUCUGGACUUUGAGGACACACCCAGGUUGCGUCUGGUGGUCAAGGCUGAGACGGUGUCCUCGACCUCCUUCACCAGUAUCAACUUGAUGCUGCAGGACGUCAACGACAACCUGCCUCGCUUCCAGCUACAAAACUAUGUGGUGUACAUGAAGGAGGCACGGGGAUAUGAAACACCGAUCAUACAGGUUGUGGCCCAGGACGUGGACCAGGGCCAGAAUGGUCAGGUGACCUACUCCAUUCAGUCGUCGGGUAUGAGCGGCUUGUUCAAGAUCGAUCCCAUGACGGGAAGCAUCACCACGACAGCUAUCAUGGACCGCGAGAUCUUUACCCAGACCAAGCUGGUAAUCACAGCAACUGAUAGGGGAAGUCCAAGACUAGCAGGUUCCGCGACUCUGACCGUAAUCAUCGUGGACCAGAAUGACAACAGUCCUACUAUACCAUUGCCACAAGAAAUCCGCAUCUCAGAGAACACAUUAAUCGGCACAGAGAUCACCCUGGUGACAGGCAACGACGUAGACUCCGGUCCCGCCCUGGCCUACACCUUGCACCUGGACCCGAGCUCCGUGGGCAAGUUUGGGAUCCACCGCUACACCGGAGGCGUUUCCCUCACCGCCCCGCUGGAUUUUGAGGAGAAGACGUGGUACACGGUGACCGUCAGAGCCACCGACAGCCAGCACCACACCGAGGCCAACAUCACCAUCCUGGUAGAGGACGUCAAUGACAAUGUACCGGCCUUCACCCAGGACCUCUAUCAGGUGACCCUACCCGAGCACACGCCAGCUGGGAGUGUGGUCGUCACGGUAACAGCAACCGACAGGGACUCUGGAGAGAACGGAAGGAUCACCUACAGUGUGAUGUCGUCCACUCAGGAGGGCUUCUACAUUGAUCCCAACAAUGGAACUUUGUUCAUCAGCCACCGAGCGGAGUUUGACCCCGAACGGCCUUCCGUCAAUGUGGUCAUUGAAGCUCGCGAUGGAGGUUCGCCAGCGCAUUCUGCUCUCGCCACCGUCCAGGUUCAAAUCACUGACGUCAACGAUAAUGUGCCCGUGUUCCACCAAUCAGAAUACAGGGCGACGGUUUCAGAGGACACCAUCCCAGGGGUGACAGUCUUGACAUUCGAGGCCUUUGACAGCGACCUCUCCCGGGAAAACUGCGGCUUCGACUUUGCUAUCGCCAAUGGCAACGAGGGCAAUGCCUUCCAGAUCGAAAGCAGCGUGCGCUUCCUGGAGGACCGGGGCUUCCAAACCGUGGGGACGCUUCUCUUGGCCGAGGGUCUUGAUUUCGAAGCCAAGCCGCUGUAUAACCUCACCGUGGUGGUGUCGGACCGUGGCAUCCCCCAGAGGAGCUCCAGCGUGGCGGCCGUGAUUAUGAUCGGCGAUGUAAAUGACAACCCGCCGGCUUUCAGUAGGGCGGAAUAUGCUGUGGCAUUGAGCGAGGGUGCUGCUGUCGGGACCGAGAUCAUACGAUUAACUGCAACAGAUCCAGACUCAACAGCCAACGCGGAGGUCCAGUAUGCAAUCAGCUCCGGGGAUGAGGUUAACCUAUUCACCGUGGACCAGUGGACCGGAGCCUUGCGGCUUCAGCAGGCAUUGGACCGCGAGCACCGGUCUACUCACACAGUUGUCGUCCAAGCCACAGACGGUCAAGGACAUUUCGCCCUGGUUCCCGUGUUUGUCGAGGUAAAAGACAUGAACGACAAUCAUCCUUUCUUCCCUGUGGAAGUCCUGACUGUAAGCAUCAGAGAGAACCAACCGGCGAAUUCCGCCGUGACCGUUCUCCACGCUAUAGACCACGACACAGGAGUCUUCGGCCAGCUAAGGUACUUCAUGUUAGAGCGGUCACCCGCGGGAAAGGACUUCUUCGUGGAUUCUUCCACUGGAGAGAUCAGGAGCAGAAACCCCUUUGACUUUGAGAAGAUCAAUUCAUUUAACUUUGUCGCACUGGCGGUUGAUGCAGGAAACCACUCUGCCACAGUGACGGUGCAGGUCUUUGUCACAGGCGAGGAUGAGUACGAUCCGCUUUUCACAUCCUCCGAGUUCUCCUUUGAGGUCCCAGAGGACGCCAGGAAAGGCCAGAGCAUCGGCCAAGUCCAGGCCCAUGACGAGGAUGGGGGCGUAGACGGGAUCGUCCUCUACUCCUUCCCCACGAGCUCUCCGUACUUUGAGGUCAACAAAACCACCGGUGUGGUUUUCCUCAAGCUGGACAGCGGUCACAGCAGCAACAGCGGAUCGGGUCGAGCCAAAAGGGAAACCAGGCUGAUUACUCUGGACGUGAGCGCUCACAGUCCUCUAGAUGCAUCUCGCCAUGCCACGGCGCACAUCUCCAUUGACGUAACCAACACAGGUUUUGGCCUGUCCCCCGACGUUAAUAUCCUGCUGAUUAUCAUUAUCGCCGUGUCGCUUGGGGUGAUCGUUCUGCUCGUUGUCACGGCGGUGGUGGUGUUUCUGGUGAAGUCGCGCAGGAGGAAGAAAGCCCAGAAUGCUACAAACAGAAACGUGGCCUCAGGUACCGCUCUGAAGAAUCUGGACAACUGCAGUUCCGGACAAGGAGGGGAAAGAAUCUACCACCAGGCCUUGCCAGGCUAUGUUGGAGACCAGACGGGUGGAGGUGGGGGUCCGUACACAAGAGGUGGGUCUCUGGAUCCGUCUCACUCUAGUGGGAGAGGAUCUGCUGAGGCAGCAGAGGAUGACGAAAUCAGGAUGAUAAACGAGUACCCUCGCGUGGCCUCCAUCAGCUCGUCCAUGCAGGAACACAUCUCCGCCAGAGGACCAGACUCUGGGAUUCAGCAGGACGCCGACCAGCUCUCCGACGUCUCCUGUGAACCAGCGGCUUUGGAAGGGAGCACUUGGUUCAAGGGCAAAAAACUGGGCGGCAGUCUUAGCGGGACUUUGCUCUCUGGGCAGCUCCCGGUCUUCAGGGACGAGGGAGGGGGGUUCCUUGGAGUUGGCCGGGGCCUCAAUAUUUCCCUUCCCAAGGAUUACGCCUUCCCUGAGGAUGGUAAACCAUCCGUGGGCGGUUCUCUCACAGCUAUAGUGGCCAGUGAUGAGGAACUCCGCGGCAGCUACAACUGGGACUACCUGCUCAACUGGUGUCCCCAGUUCCAACCCCUGGCCAAUGUCUUCACAGAAAUUGCCAGACUGAAAGACGAGACGGCCCAGCAGAACCCCAACCCGCGCCAGCCUUUCCAACCCAAGCCUAAAAUGGACCCCAAACCCAGAAUCGACCCGCCGCCACUCAUCACAUCUGUCGCCCACCCUGGGGCCAUGUCGGUGCCACCCAAGGUCCCUGUGAUCGGACGGACGUUCCCUCACCUGGCGUCGCUCCGACGGUCCCCCAUCAGUCAUGAGGGUUCCAUUUGCUCAGCGGCCAUGUCGCCCAGCUUUUCGCCCUCGCUUUCCCCGUUGGCGGCGCGCUCACCUGCCGUCUCCCCGUUCGGUGUCAACCAGGGGCCCUCUGCGUCCAUGAUUAGCACCCGGGAGCCCUCGCUGGACCGGAGUCCGGAUCAUGAGAUGAGAAUAUGAGGGCUUCGAAAGAGGACCAUUUCGCAUACUUCUGCGUUUUUGACACUUAAUUCCAUGGACUGGCACUCAGCGUGGUGACUGGACCACCCUUUGUGGUGUCUACAGCAGGGGUUCUCAAACCUUUUAGGUCCAGGGACCACUUACAGGGGAGAAAGAUUUCCAAGGACAACCCUAAAUAUAUUUUGCCAAUGUCACAUUUAUGUGAUGAUACAUCACAGUCUUAUCAGAACAUUUAAUUGGCCCAAAGCUAAGGUCGAAAGGAGUAAACGGUUUAUUAUGUUUGUUUUACUGGAGUGCCCCCCAUAUAUGUAGGUAUAGACUUUUUUAAAUUAUAUGACACACUAAUUUAUUGUCCCCGGACCCCAGUUUGGGAAUCACCGGUCUACAGGACAACUCACUGUGGUUUCGUCAGUGACUUGCGGCGUUGCGGUUGGUUUUCACGUUCCCUCGCUGGCUGGCCAGAGAGCACCUCAUGUGGUUUUGCGUUACAGUGUUCGUCAUUGGAAAAAAGGAACACCAACGGAUUGUUUGGACGUGCCAAUGUGGGACAGACAUGGAGAUCAUUGCCUGUUUCUUUGAUUUUGAUAUAUUUUUUACAUCCAAUAUUGAUUUGAGAUUGUGUUUGUGCAUUAUGUAUAUUAGGAUGUAUGAAAACUAGGCUAUGUGCCUCUGUGAUUGUUAGCCGGUUAGCGCCUCUAGUCGGCACCGAUAUGCACGUUUGGUAGCAUUAUUUAUACGAACAAAAGGAGGAGGGGAUUUGACACUGUUGUUGAUUUUGUCCAAGCUCAGAUCAAAGCAGUUCUCGAGGGGUCACCUCUUGUGUCUUUACAAUGAAAGUGCUUCCCGCAUCGAUGACGACGGCAUUCAUCUCAGCACAAAGGGAAAUAUGCAAACGUCGCCACACAUCAGCCAACACGACCCAAAGCAUUUGAGGUUUCGGGUUGGGUUAGGGUUCAAGGGAUAGCGUUACAAAUUCGAUGCAGGGUUUGGGGUUAGGACAGGGAUUACGGUUAGGGGUCGAGUCGAAACGUACACAAACAUCAUCCGGUGCAGUAUUCUUCUCCGCAUCCAUCUCAUUUACAUACGAUUGUGUUUUCUAAAGCCUCGAAAAACAAAGAGCUGUACUGGACUCGUAUUUAAAGCAAAAUAAAUCCCCCACUGAUCCCUUUUGACACAAACUGGAGUCUGUUUUUUUCCUCUUUGAAGAGUCGAACAGCGAUCGCAUGUUCUCGGAAUGAGAGUUUUGGGGGCAAAAUGUUUCUCAUGAGCUCAUUGUGAGUGGACGUGUACCACUUAAAAUGCUACACAUAUGACGGUAAGUAAUACAUAUCAGACAGUGUAGGUGUAUCCAUUCAAGUGUCCAGGAAGCAUAGAAAAACAUUUUCAUUACCUCUUCGAAACAAAAACAAAAGUUUCAAAGCCUUGAGGGAGGUCUGGACCACCACUCAUCUUUUAAUAUGACACUUAAAUGAUCUUUUAUUCAAGCGCUUCACAGGAGAUGUCCCCUACUGUCGUUUUCCCAAAACACGAAAACAGACCACCGGAUUGCAAAGGUAUCGAUGACACCGUGCCUGUUAAAAUCGGGUUGUGAAAGUGUCCAAAAAAAUACAAUUCAAUAAAAUAAAAAAGUUUUGUCCAACCAUUAUGUUAGCCUGUCGAGCAUUUCUGUGACAGGUUUUAAACAAAUAAAUACAAAUAAGGGAUAGUGCUUAACAUCAUUAGCACUAACGUGAAGAGUUGGUUGCACCAAACAAAUUGUAUUUGUAUUUUGUAACACAGACUGGUUCCAUUCAGUCUACUAUACAUUAGAUGAGCAGCUUUAGCACAAGUAUUCGUUCUUCCAUCCAUAAAAGCACUUAAGGAGGAGGUUAGGGUUCAGCCAUCUAAACUUUCUAAGCCUCAAAAAUAUGUCAGCCUUCCAUUUGUAACAGCACAUCAUAUUUCUUUUGUAGCAAAUCCUACUAAAUUGUCAGGACAAGCUCAGCAUCCAUUUGUCUGUCUGCACGCUCCAAGCCUUUAAGUGCAGGAACACGGAAAAGAAGCAAACUUCCAGGGCGGAUCAGCGUGAGUGACACACGCUGGAACGGAGUGACGCUUAUGACUAAACGCAUGAAUCUGCUUUCAUAAAUACGGAAAAAUCAGAGCCAGGAGGAUUCGUUUGUGGGUUUUUGUUCUUUUUUUUUCUUUUUGUAGCUGCGCUCUCAGCCUGGGAACGUUCACGUCGGACCGAUCCAGGUGCUUCUCGUUUUGGCUUUAAUCGGCUGGGCUUCACAAGUGUGCGCGCGCUUGCAGCGUGAGGAACAGCAAACGGGAAUUGGGCGCACAUGCAGAAAGACGAUGAAAAAGCAGGCUAGAGCGAAUAUAGCAAGUCGGGCCGCAACUAACAAUUAUUUUAAUAAUUGAUGAACGCAGGUUUUAAUUCAUCGACGAAUCAGAUUUGUGGAACCGUUUGAAUUGACGUCCCUUUAUUAAAAAACUGGACAUAAUUCCAAAUUGACGGUGCAGAAAAUGCAACGAUACAUUUGAAGAGCACAUGCAUCAAAUUUCAAGCUUGUAUCACAACUUGAAUGAUUCUUUCACUUUCUGCUCCGCGAUCACACCAAACAUAUUUUGAAAGUUUUUUUUCCCAGCAUUAACGUCGUCAAACUUCCACAGAAACAAUCCAAAUAAAUAUUGUUUCUUCGUCUCUGAAUUUCUUUGGUCAACAUAAUCACAACCGCGCUCGUCGAUAGUUGCCAUGGCAACCCUCGGAUAUCUCAUUUUCGCCCUCUCUCAUCUUCGUGGAGGCUCGUGUUGCGUUAGCACUAGCGCUAAUGUUAGCCAAAACAUUCAGUACUGACUUCACCACGUGAUGUAAUGGUUCACUUAUUUCUAUACAUGAAACUUCCAUGGUACAGUUAAUGAAGGAUUUAUGAGGGGCACCAUUUGACCCGGGAACAUAAUAUUUCCAUUAUCUCCGACGGGGGGUGGGGGGGGGAAUGUCCCUGCCAAUUAAAAGUGAACGUUAUUAGCCUCGCAAAGGCACUUUUGGUGACUAAUGAGUUUCCCUUGACGAGAACAUUUUCUCUGAUGUUUUCUCUCUGUUUUCCAGCAACAUGAUUUACAGUCCGACAUUCAUAAAAUGCUUCAAUCUCUCUCUCUCUCUCUCUCUCUCUUCCCGACAUGGAAAUUUAUUAGGCGGCCUUCUUCUGUCAGCCCGAAGCCGGAGAAAGUGCAGGAGUCUGAGCCUUUUCUUUUUUACGACUUGGAUCACAGCACAAGUAUUCCGUUCACGCAACAGUGAAACGUUAUCUUAUUUUAUCUUAUUACACCGAAAAUAGAGUUGAGUUUUUUGGGGAUUUUUUGGGAAUGCGAGUUAAAUUUUGAAGGACGAAAACAUUGCCGAGACUUCAGGAGUCCACUUGAGCAACUGGAGUGAAUGGGGAAGCUUUGACCACUUCAAAGCAAAACGGGAGACUUGAUGUCUUUUCGGGCAUUUAUUUUCCAGACUUUGUUUUUAGGGGUCAACUGAUGAUAGAUAGACAUGCCUACCAAGUUGAAAUGGCCCAAAAUAAACCUAAAAUGGUAGUUUCAAACCAAACUGGCAGACGACCCGUGUCUCUUCAGGCAUUUUUGUGGGUCUACUUGCGAUAGACAUGUCUGCCAAAUUUCAGGCUGCUCAGGGUAAAUGGCUUUGUUGGCGGAAUUUUCAAAACAUCCAACUGAUGAUCUUAAAAAUGAUGAUCUUAAAAAAGUGUCUUCAAACCAACAUCGCAAACUUCCUGUUUCUUUCCAGACGUGGCGACUUUUUUCGCGGCCUAGGCAUGAUUAAUUAACAUGCCGACAAAGGUUCAAGCUGCUAAGUGUAAACGGCUUUGGGGGCUGAAUUUUCAAGGUGAAAAUGCUCAAGCUAAACCUCAAAUGGAAACUGGCAGACUUCCCGUGUCUUUUCCAGCAUUGGGUUCUCAGACUUUGGACUUUUUUACCAAAUUUCAAGUUGCUAAGUAAAAUAGCUUCUUGUAGAAAUGGCUAAAAGAGAAGCCUAAGACGGUGUCGCCAAGCCAAAAUGGUGGACCUCCUGUUUCCUUUCAGAUGUGUUUUCUUGAGACUUUCUCUGUGGUCCACGCAUGAUAAAUUUCAUGUUGCUAAGUGACACUGGCUUCGGGGGCUGAAUUUUCUGAAUGACUUCCAGUGUGUGCACCCUGCGGAGAACUUGCUUCAACAUCAAACUGGGCUGUGAACUUUGCUACACGUUUAUUCAUGACGAUUGGCAUCCAUAAGUUGGCCGCCCUUGUCGAAGGAGCAGAUGUUUCCUUAUGGACGCUGCAGGCUCUAAAACGACUGCUGUGGUUGAUAAGACACUCAGGCAGGCGUGCUCCAAUGGUUAAGAUCAUCGCCUGCCACCGUGGGGGACCUAGGUCCAAGACCCCGACCGGACCAUCCGCCAACAUCUCCCAGACUCACGGCUGCGGUGUCCUUGAGCAAGACACCAGUGUAUUCCACUAACAACACUGUGAUGGGUAAAAUGCAGAGAACAAAUUUCACGUGCAUGCGUUCAUGACAAUAAAGGUGAUUCUUCUUCU